CGCGGUCCCACUGAUUGUGAAAUCCGCAUUGAUAACAUAACGAAAAACACAAGAACUACUUGGAUUCCAUCAGAAUGCAGAAAGUGCUGGGUAGACUCCAGACGCAGGUCCUGCGCUCCCGCGCCACAAAUGCAGUGGCCACAGUGGUCAGACAUGAGGCUAGCUCCUCCAAGACAGCCGCAAAGCCGGCGGCCACAUCUAAAGAAUUUCGGGAGCGACAGGUGCGCUUCAACAUCAAGAACGAACAGACCGAGGGACGACCCCUGUAUCUGGAUGCCCAGGCCACCACGCCGAUGGAUCCACGUGUGCUGGACGCCAUGCUGCCCUACCUGACCAACUACUACGGGAAUCCGCACUCGCGCACCCACGCCUACGGCUGGGAAACGGAGCAGGCAGUGGAGAAGGCGCGUGAGCAGGUGGCCACAUUGAUUGGGGCCGAUCCCAAGGAGAUCAUCUUCACAUCCGGCGCCACGGAGUCCAACAACAUUUCCGUUAAGGGGGUUGCCCGCUUCUACGGCACCAAGAAGCGGCAUGUGAUUACCACCCAGACGGAGCACAAGUGCGUCCUGGACUCGUGCCGAGCAUUGGAGAACGAGGGCUUCAAAGUCACCUACCUGCCUGUGCUGGUCAACGGACUCAUCGACCUCCAGCAGCUGGAGGAGGCCAUUACGUCGGAGACAUCGCUGGUAUCCAUCAUGACGGUGAACAACGAGAUCGGCGUCAAGCAGCCCAUCGAUGAGAUCGGCAAACUGUGUCGCUCCCGUCGCGUAUUCUUCCACACGGAUGCCGCCCAGGCGGUGGGCAAGAUCCCGCUGGACGUGAAUGCUAUGAACAUCGACCUGAUGUCCAUCUCCGGUCACAAGAUUUACGGUCCCAAGGGUGUGGGUGCGCUCUAUGUGCGUCGCAGGCCCAGGGUUCGUCUGGAGCCCAUCCAAAGUGGCGGCGGCCAGGAGCGUGGCUUGAGGAGCGGCACGGUUCCAGCCCCGCUGGCCGUGGGUCUUGGAACUGCUGCGGAACUGGCCCUCCACGAGAUGGACUACGACAAGAAGUGGGUGGACUUUCUCUCCAAUCGCCUGCUGGACAGGAUUUCGAGUGCCUUGCCGCAUGUCAUCAGGAAUGGUGAUGCCGUCGCCACGUACAAUGGUUGCCUGAACUUGUCCUUUGCCUACGUCGAAGGCGAGUCCCUGCUGAUGGCCCUCAAGGAUGUGGCCCUGAGCAGCGGUUCCGCCUGCACCUCCGCCUCCCUGGAACCCUCCUAUGUGCUGCGGGCCAUCGGCACCGACGAGGAUCUGGCCCACAGUUCCAUUCGCUUCGGCAUUGGUCGCUUCACCACCGUCGAGGAGGUGGACUACACCGCCGACAAGUGCAUCAAACAUGUGGAGCGGCUGCGCGAGAUGUCGCCGCUGUGGGAGAUGGUCCAGGAGGGCAUCGACCUAAAGACCAUCCAAUGGUCUCAGCACUAAUAUACUAAUAUGUAAGCCGUUACUGUUACACCACUCUCGUCGAAAGCGAAGGGAAAAUAAAUUAGUUGGAAGAGUA